UUUAAUUACCAUAAAUGUUACCGUUGUCAUCAGUCCAAUUUUUUUCAAUUUUUUCUUAAUUCUUUUUUAGAUUUGGUUAAAGGCAGGCCAGAAAAACACUCCCACCCGCUUCUCUGCCGUUUCACCGCAUACCAACGCCAACUGAAGAUGGUGACGGAGAACCAGAACCCUUUAGAAAAAGAUUUUUGAAAUCUCGCUAUUAACCCUUUUCACAACUUUAUUCUUUCCCUUCCCACUUCCAGGUUGCUAGAUUAUUCAAUGAAGUUGCUCAGAUGUCUCCUGAGGAUGUUGAUGUAGACAUUGUCCUUGGUGUUCUGUAUAAUUUGUCAAGCGAAAAUGAUAAGGCCUUUGCAUCUUUCAAAACUGCUUUGAAACUUAAACCUAAUGAUUAUUCUCUUUGGAACAAGCUUGGUGCAACACAAGCCAACAGUGUGCAGAGUGCUGAUGCAAUAUUAGCUUAUCAACAGAAUAAAAAAAAAUGAAUUAUGAAGGUGUUGACAAUGUCGGCAAGGGUGCUAUAACUACCUGAACCAUUUGAGGUGCAAGAUGUAAAAAAGGCACUUUUUUGAGUAAAUUAAGGCACUAGAUUUGAAGCCAAACUAUGUGCAUGCUUGGGCAAACAUGGGUAUCAGUUACGCCAACCAGUGAAGCAGAUCGGCAACCAGUACCCUUUCCGCUUGGUUUUGGGCGAUUACCAUCAGCAUAGUGUAAGAAUGGAGUCAGGGGCGAAGGAGGAAGGGAAAGUGCUGGGAUACAACAGCAAAAACGUGAAGAAAGUGGCGUUACUUUCAACAUUGGCUGCACUCCUUGACGAUCCAAUUCUUGCCGAUGUCCCUAAGAAACCCAGUUUGUCCGAUGUCGAUAUCCGAAUCAACCUUGAACUUGGGAGUGCCAUGUGUAUCUCUAUCUUCAAAUUAGAUGGAACCUUCUUCGAUGUUGUGGUGAUGAAUUCAGCCACGGUGAAAGACUUGAAGCUCGCAAUCAAGAAGAAAGUGAUCGAGUUAGAGCAAUCCAAGAUGGGUCAUCGACACAUUUCAUGGAGGCACGUUUGGGCUAAUUUCUGCCUAGCACACCACAAUGAGAAGCUCCUUAAUGAUGGCGCUGCAUUUCAGGAUUUUGGUGUUCGAAAUAAUUCUCAGGUACAGUUUUUACCUUAUGUUGUCUCAAAAGGUUCUGGGGGACAUUCUAAGAGGAGAAAACACCGUUUCUUCCAUGGCCUGAACAAGCAUUCAUGAUGACAUGCCAUCAUUCGGGCAUCCCUGUUUUCUGAUCCAACUCAUUCCACAAAUUCACAAUGUUCCAUAGCAAAGUAAAUGUGGUACAAGUACAUUGGUUUCUAGUUGAGAUUUUAAAUAAAUUUUAAAGCUCUUGUAAUACUAAAUUUUUAAUAAAUUAGCUUUAUCAUAUCUCGCAUUCUCGUAUUCUAGUUGACAUUGAUUUCUUCAGAAGCUGAUAGUGUUAGCGUUUCUUUUCUGACAAUUUAUUUGUUUUUCUCUGUUUCUCGAUGCCAUGUUCAAUUGUGAGUAGUGCAUGUUGUAUCUUAUCAUGAUUUACUGAAUUAUUGUGGUUUUGAACAUGUAACAUUGUGUUUCUCAUUCUUCCUUGUUUGGUUGCUCAUAAAACUGAGGGAAAAUGGGUAUUGCAAGGUAUUGUAUUGUUGUUCUGACUUUUAGUUAUGGAAAAUACUUGCGCAACUAAGUUUAAGAGCGUUUUUGCAAGCAGACAAGAGGGUCUUUAUCCUUAAGUCCCAAAAUGGAGGUUAAUAUUUUAGGUCCUUUUGUUAUCUUUUUCCCCAUUUUGAAUUAUGGGACAAAGGAAUGUUCUAACUUAAUUUUUCCUUGUUUGACUAAUAUUUGAAGGAUUUUUGGAUUGAGAGACCUGAAAUAAUACCUCCUUUUGUAGUUCAUUAAGGAAGGAAGUAAGAAGAGAUUUUGGGAUCAAUUAACAUCAAUUUUAACUAGAAGAAUAUUGUCAUAUUUGGAGUUUAAGUCUCACAUUUUAUCUGGUGCUAAGGUGGUGCGUAUUAGUCAGUCCAUGGAUCAAUGCAUAUUAGUCAGUCCAUGGAUCAAUGCAUAUUAGUUAGUCAUACUGCUAGGUGCUUGUACUCAUCAGUAAGGAUCUAGGUAUAUUUUCUUUAAAAUAGUUGAGUGGAGCUCAUCGAUGAACUUUGUUGGAAUUGUUUGUGUGCUGGUGCUUAUAUGAUUAGGAAAUGGAUUUUGAUUGAAAUAUUCAGUUAAUUCCUAAAUGCAUGGCAUGGUUGGAAUUAGGGAUGUAAUUGAAUCGAAAAGGUUGUUUUCUAUUACAUAGUAGUUACGAGUGGUUUUUGUGUUGCACUAGAAGAUGUUAACUAUGUGCUGUUUUCUUUCUUAUGAAGAACGCAGUAUAUUUGCCUUUUUUGAUUUAAAGUAAGAGUUUUCUUUCAAAGUUUCAUAUUUGAAUUGUAUUACUGGUUUUUUUUUUUCAAAAAAUCCAAAGUACUCAUCUUUUGCUUUGGUAUUGUUAAUUAUGUAGCAAAAGAAGGUUUAUCUUUUGAGUACGUCGGCCAUUCAUAUCGACCAAAGAUAGGUUUGCACAUGUCUUUGAUUCAAUUUCGUCUUACCCUGUCUUUCUCUACCAGCAGUAUGGCGGAUUUGCCCUCCUCCUUUUGGGGCAUCAUCACCUGCAAACUAGUGGUACGUGACAAUUUUAAAACAGUGAAGACAAUUACUUUUAGAGUACGUGGGAUACUACCAUCAGAUGUAGACAAUUUUCUCCUGUAAAUUGUGUCUCCUCUGUCUCCCUUUAUUCUGAUUUUUACCUUCUUUUCCUUUUUUUCUUUUUUCAUUUUCUCUUCCUCCCUUUCUUUACUACCCAGAUUCUAUCUGGGUAUCUUUCCAUUUUUUUUCCUGAUUUCUUUUGUAUCUUUUGUGUAAACACAUGCCAAAAAAACGCACUUGCUACAGCAGGAUAUUGAAAUCCCACCCUUCCUCGGAUUGUAAUUUCAGGUGCAAAAAUCAUGAAGCUUCCAAUUAUUUAUGGGAAUUGUAUUAUGGGGGAUGGGCAGCACCUAAUAUAUACUUCUUGGGGUAUGCAGUGGUUGUGAAGUUUGGCAAUAUCUGUAUCGGUGGACUUUCCGGAAUUUACAAUGCGCGUAAUUAUUGUUUAGGUUCGGACACCAUGAAAGGCCACCUUAUAAUGACAAUACUAUCAGGUCUGUGUAUCAUGUCCGGGAAUACGAUAUUCACAAGCUUAUGCACCUAGAGGAACUGAUGGAUAUUUUCCUUUCACACGAUUGGCCGCUCAGCAUCACUGAUUAUGGGAACUGGCAACACCUUGUUCGCUACAAAAAACAUUUCAAAGAUGAGGUAAUUAUAUUCAAUUGGUGGAAAUGCAUAUAUGUGACAGAAUUAAAAUCUUCAUAUCAAGCGUAUUCAGUUUUCUUGUUGACCAUUCCUGGUUGCUUGUUAGUUGAAACAUAUUUUCCUAGAUCAGCAAGGAACCCUUGGAAGCAAACCUGCUGCUCAGCUGCUCGAAAAACUCAGACCAUCGUAUUGGUUUUCAGCUCACUUGCACUAAAUUUAGCCUCCAGGUAGUUUUCAUGAGAGGGAGGAACUCUCUGCCUUUUCUGGUUUUCUGUGAUAUUGAAAUCUCUUUCUACAUCGGAUAGUGAUUUCAGGUACAUUUUUUACCUUAUGUUGUCUCAAAAGGUUCUGGGAGAUAUUCUAAGAGGAGAAAACACUGGCCUGAACAAGCUUUCAUGAUGACAUUCAAUCAUUCUGGCCAUCCCUGCUUUCUGAUCCAAGUCAUUCCACAAGUUCACAAUGUUCCAUGGCAAAGUAAAUGUGGUACAAGUACAUUAAUUUCUAGUUGACAUUUUAAAUAAAUUCUAAAGCUCUUAUAAUACUAAAUUUUUAACAAAUUAGCUUUAUCAUAUCUCGUACUCUCAAAACCAAAUGCAUUGAUCAUGUCAUCAUCUCCAAGACUCCACAAUUUUAGUCGAAAAGUUAAAUGUGUAAUUAUAUAUAGUAUAGAUUUGAUAAUAUAGUAUAUAAAUACACAUUUAAGUAAUAAUUAAAAUAUUUUCUUUUACAAAGUAAAUUAUUUUAUUAUGAUGAUAUUUUUAUAUCUAAAAUCAAUAAAAAGAAAAACAGAUAAUAAUAUUUUUAAAAGAAUGACAAAUCUCAAGACUUUUUGUUUCCUUCUUUAUAAAUCCUUUUGCCUUUGCCUUUGCCUUUGGCUUUUACCUUCUGCAAUUAAAAUGUGUGAACUUAUUAUGGGGGAUGGGCAACACCUAAUAUAUACUUCUUGGAGUUUGCUGGGGUUGUGAAGUUUGGCAAUAUCGUUAUCGGUGGACUUUCCGGAAUUUACAAUGCGCGUAAUUAUUGUUUAGGUUGGGUUUGAAGUUCUUUUACUUGUCUAUUUCCUAGAUCCCACAAGGGACUCUUGGAAGCAAGCUUGCUGCUCGAAAAACUAAAACCAUCCUACUCAAACCAUUUCAUUUAGGUUCUUUCUUUUGGGCUUUGCUGGAAGCUUAUUAAUGAAUUUUGGCUUUAUCUGGUCUUUUAGAUUGUUGAUAUUUAAUCCGAUCCGGUACCUUAUGAGGUUCAAUACCAUGAAGAUUGGCUGGCAACAACACGGAAAUUGAACCGUCUUUCCUUUGACCUUCCGACGGGGAGACUUUGGGAGAACACAGCUUGACAUGCAAGGUUGUCGUCAAUGGGUUAAGAGCAGGAUGGAAGACAGAGGAGCCAAACCUUGUGAAUUUUCUCUAACAGCUCCACCUCACAAACCCUCUGAUUCAGUUUCAAACGCCUGGUUCUCUCCGUAAUCCUCAGACUGUAUCUUUCUUGAAAUUGCUAGAUCUUCCUUAUGUUCUUGAUAAUGCAUCGGACUCCAGGGAUACUCCUGCUUCAUUGCCUCAAAAGGGUAAAGAGUUUUCUAUUUACCUUGUCCCACUCAGUUUUGAUGAUGUUACAGCGUUCGGCAUGUGAUAGGCCAGUUUAGGAUUAUUCUAGUUCAGGAAAAGACCUCUUCAGGAGUUUUGGAGAAAUCACGUCGAAUAACCAAGUUUUGAAGCUUUCAAUUAAUAAUCUGUUAAACUAA